UUCCCCCCCCAGAGAGAGAGCUCCACCCGAAAGCCUUACCCACCGCCACCUUCGGUGAGGCCGAGUGAUUCCUCUCAGAAGCAAAGCAAAGAAGAUUCAAGGUUUGUUCUCCGAACUCUUAAUCUCUUCUCGUUCUCUCUCUCGCAAGCUUUUCUCUGAAUCUCUCUCUGUAAUCUUCUGAGUUCUUUAAAAAAAAAAGUCCAAUUUUGAGGUCCUUUUUUUUUUAAUAGGGAGCCAGAGGAUUCAGAACAGAGAUCCAGAGUGUUUUUUUUCUUUCUGGAUUUCAUCCUCUAUUUUUCUUUUUUCUUUCUAGUUUUCUCUUAUUAAUCAGCCGAAAGGGUUGUUUUUCUUUACCCUUGAGGUUAUUUUCUCCUUGUUUCUAGAUCAAAAGAGGCAGGUUUUUUUAACUCAAAACCUCUUGUUUUAGGUGUUCUCUGAUUAUUCAGUCCCCUGUUCUUUGGUUUUGUUUAAGAACCAGGUGGACCUCAGCAUAUUUCCCUCUUUUCUUUCUUCAAAAUCUUAGCUUUCGUUUUUUUUUCCUUCUUUUUUCUCCUCUUCUUUUUUCCAUUAAAAAUCCAAUCUCUCUCUCUCUCUCUCUCUCUCUCUGUGUGUGUGUUUUGGUUUCAAAAUUUUAGCUUUUCUUUUUCUUGUUUUAUCUUAGAUUUCAUGGCUGCAGCUAUAGAUUUGUACAGUAGCCAUCCGGUUUUCUCUUCAGACCCCUUCAGUGAGGAGCUCAUGAAAGCACUGGAACCUUUUAUCAGAGGUGCUUCCAUGACCUCCUCCUCUCCCUCUCCCUCACCUUCUUCUAGCUCCACGCCGGAGACUACCCCCUCGUUUCCAUCCUCUCCCUAUCCCGCUUCUUCUACCCCUUCCCCCACUCUCUGCUCUUCUUCUUACCCCUUCUCCACCCCUUCCUCCUCCAUCUCUCCCUACCCUGCCCCUCAAAAUUCAAUCUUGGAUUGUUCUUCGCCGGGUUUUCUCGGCUUCGACCCCUCCAACGUGAGCCGCCCCAGUCCGAUCGGUCUCAACCACCUCAGCGCUGCUCAGAUACAGCAGAUCCAAGCUCAGAUCCAAUUCCAGCAGCAGCAGAGUCUGCUGGCGGCCCGGCAAGUGUUGCAGGGCCACGCCGCGCCGAGCUUUCUCGGCCCCCGGCCCCAGCCGAUGAAGCACGCCGGCUCACCCCCACCACCGCGGCCCACCAAGCUCUAUCGAGGCGUCCGGCAGCGCCACUGGGGGAAGUGGGUCGCCGAGAUCCGCCUCCCCAAGAACCGGACCCGCCUCUGGCUUGGCACCUUCGACGCCGCCGAGGAGGCGGCCCUCGCCUACGACAAGGCCGCCUUCCGCCUCCGCGGUGACUUCGCCAGGCUCAAUUUCCCCCAUCUCCGCCACGAGAUCGCCCGCGCCGCCGGCGGCCCCCUCCACUCCUCCGUCGACGCCAAGCUCCAGGCCAUUUGCCAGAGCCUCGCCAAUUCUCCGAAGCAGGGCACCCCCCUCCCACCCAGUUGCACCCUUCAGCCCGUUCCCGAUGCCGGCCGGCGACCGAACGUGGCGAAGAGCGAACCCGGCGUGGAGGACUACAAGUCGGAGAGCUCGUCGGAGGGUGGCGAAGACUCCUCGUCCGGGUCGUCUCCGGCAUCGGAGAUGCAGCAUUUGGACUUCACCGAGGCGCCGUGGGAUGAAUUGGAGAGCUUUGCGCUGCGGAAAUAUCCUUCGUGGGAGAUCGAUUGGGAUUCUAUCCUUGCCUAAUUUCAGUACUUUGUGUCUCCACUGGCUGCGGCAAAUGGGAUUUUUUGGACAUUUGCUGAGCUCCUGUAGAGAUUUCAAGUAGGAAGGCUUAUGUUAUUAUAGUUUCAGGUUUGGUGUUUUAGAUUUGUAUGUGUCCUGUGGUACCAAGCCUCCUGGUUUGCUGGUUUUUUUCUUGGCAAACUCCAGUGGGGGAGAAUGUUGUGUUGCUGUGAUGACUAUAAUUGUAGUUGUUGUGUAGCUUUUGUAAUUAUUUCCCAUGGUUUGUAAUGUGAAUGUGCUUUCUAGUUUGUGUA